AGAGAGAGAGUCUGGUUGCUAGUGGGCACCAACUCCUCCUCAUUCGUGGUUUUUUCUCCCUCGUGUCGAGGGUUUUCCACGUUACAUCGUGAUCAUUGCUUCUCUUCCUCUUCUUCUUGUUCGUAUCUCUACAUGGUAUCAGAGCCGUGAAGUUCCGGCGUUUCUGGUUGUCUUUUGCCCGUGUUAGAGGAGAAUCGCCCGGCACUGUUCAUCGUCUCGCCCGUGCCCGACGCUCGUGCCCGAGCGUCGUCUGUCGUCCCGCCGCCGUCUCCGCCCAGCGCCGCCCUGAUCAGCGCCGCUCAGGAAUCCGCUACUUCCGCCCAGCGACGCCCUGCCCAGCGGCGUUCCCGUUCAGCCGCUUCCGCCCAGCGUCGGCCUGCCCAGCGGCGUUCCCGUUCAGCCGCUUCCGCCCAGCGUCGGCCUGCCCAAACGACGACCUGUCCAACGGCGGUCUUUUUCCGCCCAACGCCGUGUCCUUUUCCGGCGCCGUGCCGCUUUGCCUGGUUCCGUUUCCUGCUCUCUGUCCGUUUUUUGGUGUUGUAUCGUGUGAUUGCUUCCUGCUGCCCUUGCUGCCUACUGGUCUGUGAUUAUGGCAGCCUCUUCCUCGUCAACCGUCAACACCAAUCCCACUGAAAUAGGGGCUUUUAGAACUGAGAAUGUUCCCAUGCAGGUCAUCACUCUUCGCCUCACCAAGGAUAAUUAUUUCUCGUGGUCACCUGCUAUGACCAUGGGGAUUGCUGGCCGUGGUCGCAUGGCCUAUAUUGAUGGGAGCAACCCCGAACCAGCAAGAACAAGUGAUGUGUGGCAUACUUGGUUUCUUGAGGAUAAUCAAGUGAAAACUUGGAUUGUCAAUUCCGUUUCCGCCGAUAUUCAGCCCCUUAUCCUUCGGAAGAAGACUGCUAGAGACAUGUGGGUGGUCCUCGAGCAAAUGUAUGGCCAAAAGAAGACCGCAAUUCGUACUUACCAAGUAAUGAAGACAGUCUAUGGCAUUCGACAAGGGACCUCGUCUGUUGCAGAGUACUAUGGGGCUUUGAAAGCCAAGUGGGAAGAGCUUGACUAUCAUUCUGAUAUUCCUUGGCAUUGUCCCCAUGAUCAGGCGCUUUAUGUUGCUCAUGAAUGGGAAAACAGGGUGUUCCUAUUUUUAGCAGGUUUAAAUGAUGAGUUUGAAGGUGUUCGAAGUCAGAUUUUGAAUUCAGGGGAGGUGUCCAGUAUUGAAGAUGUGUACUCCUGUGUUGAAGCGGAAGAACAGAGAAGGCUUGUUACAAAAGAAGGGAAGAGGGAACUUGUGCCCUAUAACGAGAGAUCUGCUCUCGUGAGUCGUGGUCCUGGCGGCCCAUCUAGGUCUCUUCGCCGGUGCACUUACUGCAAGAAGACAGGUCACACUGUGGAUUAUUGCUGGGAUCUUCAUCCAGAAAAGAAGGGGAACAGAGGGAGAUCUUUGACUGGGAGAACGCCCGUGUCUGAGGUGCAAGCCUCUAGUGGAGAAAAAGUCUCCAUUUCUGCUGACCAGCUUCGUGAACUAAGGGCUUAUUUGGGCAGGCUCGAUGUCAACAAGACUGAGACCUCAGAGGGAACUACAGCUAAUCAUGCUCUUGCAGCUAUUGGCAAUCAAGGACUUGGUGACAGGGAAGAGGAUUGGGAUUGGUUUAGCUUCUGAUGGAUUAUAUCGUCUUCCCAUACGUGUGGCUACUGCUCUGUUGACAGCGAUCCGCAAGACAGAUAAGAGAAGAGAAGAUUGUCUUCAGUCUUUUAUGUACUGGCAUGAACGUUUUGGGCAUUUACCUUUUGGGAUUUUGAAACAUUUGUUUCCAGACUUGUGUUCCUCCUUUGAUGUGUCUU